AUGUACAAGGACCAGAUGAUGGUUCUCAUGCGCGGCAACUUCGUUACCCGCUUUGCGUCUGCCAUGGCUCAGAUGCCCAGUGCCCUGUCGCUCGCCCUUUACACGACACAUCGCCACAUCAUGUACUACCACUAUGAGGUGGUAGAUUUCGCAAUGUUCAUAAACCGUUGCGGUCAUCCCUGGAGCCACGGAACUAUCCGUGCCUUCACAUACCACGGCGAGGCCAUCAUCUCCAGACACGACGCAGAGUUAGGGCUCGAGUCGAGUCGAUCGGCCAUGCUUGUCACGGCAUUCCUGAACACAAAGAGCCUGAAGACGGUCUGCGUCUGGUACGAUGACCGCUCGCACGGCAUUCCGCCGUUCUACGCCAACGGCCCUUGGCCCUGUGAACGCGUCAGCAACGAGUUUCUGACGGCCGACUCUUGGUUCAGCGUCAAGGACCUCACCCUGAAUAACAAGCCGUUCUCAAUUCAGGACCUGCGGUUUAUGACGGCGAGUAUGUCCAAGCCUCUUCAGUCGAUUUGUCUAGACUUAGAAGGCUCUCGUAUCUCAACAACCAGCUGGGCGGACUUUUUGGACCUCAUGCGAGGCAUCAGUCGCAAGGUGAAAUUCUACAGGCCUGGGGCCUACGAAAAGAAACCAACGGACGCCUUCUACAGUUAUUACCGGACAACAUCCCCGACCGAGCUCUUCUGCAUGGGAGAAAUUGAGAAUAAUCCGCUCAGAAAGUAUGACGAUGAGGCUUAG